AUGGCGAAUUCAACGACAGGAAAUCAAAUAUACAUAUGUCAUUUUUGUUCUGAUGAAUUCACCAAUCGUGCUACAUUGGAUGUUCAUUUCUCACAAUGUGAAAUUCGAAAUCCCAGUAAGACGCCAGUAAAAGAACCCGUUCUAUCACCACCGCGACUCAAUCAAAGUCAACUUGACAUCCUCGAAAUGCUUAAACUACAUCCAUCAUAUAAAAAGUCAACUUCAAACAGUUUUCAUUCUCCUGUAACAACAAAUGAUAUCAAUCUUAAUAUUUCUUUAUCAAAUUUACAUUCGUCUGGUUAUCUUCCCUCGUCAAAUCAAUCAAGAUUUGAUGAUGCGCAUUGUAAAUCGGACACUUUAGAAAGACCCGAUACAACAACAAUAGCUAACGGUGAUGAUGAUGAAGAUGACGAAAAAGAGCAAUUUAAUUCAAAUUUGUUAAACAAUAAAAUUCCAUCGUAUCAUAUCUAUAAAUAUUCACGUCAUGAACGUAAUCUAUUUUAUAUACGUAUGAAACAUCGAUUGAUAAAAAAGAAUUCGAUUCCAACACUAAAUAAAUUUCGCUCAAGAGACUCUCUUCCGUCGAUAUAUAAUCACACGAAUUUUCUUAUAAAUAUUCCAACAAAAAUCAACUCGCGUCAAAGAAUUCAGUCGAAUACAAAUAAUGAUACUAAUACUAUUUAUCCACUUUUAUUUUCGCCUAAUUUUAACACCUUAGUUAAAUUACCAACAAAUUCUCUAUUAAAAAAUUAUUUAUUCAAUAUAAGAAUUUAUUUUCAUUUAAUAAAUUCAAUAGCAAGUCAAGAAUUUCAAUUUAUUGUACAUAAUUAUGAUAAUCAGCAUCAAUUUUCUUUUACGUCAUUAUCAUUUCUAAAUAUUUUACGACAAACCAUGCAUGACUAUACGAUGAAUUUACAAACAUCAUUCAAACGUAAUUAUUUUCAAUCGUUUCAUUCGGAAAAUCAUGAUGAUAAUGAUGAAGAUAAUCACAAUCAUCACGAAUCAACAAUGAAUCAUGAUAAUGAAUAUUCGAUACCUCCACUAAAAAUUCGUCGUUAUGAUGAUUCAUCUUAUGAAAUUGAAAAACGUUCUGUGUCGUCGAAAACAACAUCAUCAUCAUCGGGAACGUCUAUUACACAAAUACAUAAUGGACAUCAACAGAAUUAUGAUGAUCGUCGUCGUUUUGAAAUACGAUCGAAAAAAUUUCCCAUGAAAUUUAGUGAUAAUCAAAUAAAUAGUAAUUUAAAUGAUAGUGAAAAACGAGAUAUUUCAGAUUAUACAGUUGCGUCUCCAGUACAAUGUGAUUUGUCUAUUAGUGAUCAUCAAAUGUUACAAGAUGAUACAAAUAAUGAAGCAUUCUUAUGUUCAUCUUCGUCUAAUGCGGGCGACCAACGGUCUAAGAAAAAUGCCAGUCCAAUUUUAAUGCGUGAACAAACCAAUGAUUCAUUACCUAAAUAUCAAUCAGUUGUUCUUAACGAUGGUGCUCGUAUUCGUAUAGUGAAUUGUUCGAAUGAUAAUAAUAAAAAUCCAACUACACGUAAUUCUAUGAAUUCCUCCAUAACAAAAAGAUGUUCGAUUCCAAUCGAUAAAAUCGAUGAAAUGUUUUCAACAAAAUCUACACGUUUAAAUACUCGAAAAAUCUCUGCGACUAAUUCAAAAGCUCCAGAUAUAUCAGAAGUUUUACCAUCAUAUCAAGCUCAAUCAGUACUUUUGUCGAAUAUUGACAUAUCGAAUGGAUGGAUAGUGCAUAGUGUUUUUUAUCGAUGUCAUGUUUGUUCUCACGAAGAAUUUUUUGUUGUCCUAUCACGUGAAUGCAUACGUUUGCAUAUAUCAUCAAAACAUGGAAAUAUGGAAGAAAAUUUUAAACAACGUAUCUCAAAUUUUCUAAAUAAUCAAGGACGAGCAUUAAAAAUUUUUCAACAUUAUCUUAAAUGGCAACAACCAUGGUCAGAAACGGAAAUUGAUCAAAUAUUUCAAUUAUCAAAUAUUAACAACCAAACAAAUGGUUCUUUGUAG